GAUUCUGCAAAACUAAAGAGUGCGUGUGUGUAACGCGUGCUCCAUAUAUAUAUACAUAUAUAUAUUUAGUUUGUGGUAGUUAUUAAAAUUUUAGAAUCAUGCUCACAAUGCAGCAAGAGUUAUUAAUGCUGGUGGCAACAGCGCUGCCAAUUUUGGCGCUAAGUUUCUCAGCCGCAUUGUUGAGCUUCAAGUUAUUCAUAACAGUGCGCUCACGCUAUGACAUCAAAGUGAAUUGCUGGUUCUGCAAUGAAAACACGCGUGUAGCGUACGUUGAACGCAACAGCUGGACUUGCCCCAAGUGCGACCAGUACAACGGCUUCAACAAGGACGGUGACUACAAUCGCGACUUGAACACAUCGUCAGCCUCGUCGUCGGCAUCGGCGUCCCGCAACAACAACGCCAGCAAUCACAGCAACAACAACAGCAAUAGCAGCAGCAGCAAUGUUUGCGCCAACGCAUAUUACAGCAACGAUUUGUUGCACGCUGCGGCGCCGCCGUCGCUGAGCAACGGUCUCUGCGAUCAGUGCAACGAGGCGCAGCGCUUGAAGGUCGAGAAGUUGGCGCAGUUCGAGCCAAAGCACGAGUCACGCUUCGAGCAGGAGCUCAAGUUGUAUCAGCGACAACUGGAGCAACAGUUCCGCUUGUGCGGCAGCUGCGAGCGACAUGUGAACAAGGUGCUCCACGAGAAGAAGAAAAUGGUGCUGGGCAGCAAGUUCCUCAACUUUAUCAUCAAGGGCGCCGCACUGCUCAAGCAGCCGCACUUCAAUCGCUUGGCCCGAGUGCAACAACAACGUCGCCUUCAACGCUAUGAACUCCAGAUGACGCUGCUCACAGUGCUCAAUGUGCUCUGUCUGCUGUUCAGUUUGCCCGCCGCGUCUCGAGAACAAUUUCAAUGGCUGCUGUCAGAUACGCUGGGCAAUGCUUUGUUCUUUGUCUACUCGCAUGCCUUGACGCUCUUCCGGGUGACCAUCGAAACACUGGGCAAUGUGCUGGCGGAGCAAGCGUUGCUCGCUCGGCUGAUGCUCUUUGGACGCACCAUGGGAAGACUCUUGCUCUAUUCGCUGGGCCUCAAUCAGCAGGCAACGUUCAGUAGUUGCUACAUCAGCAUCUAUCCAUUUGUCAUGCUGGCGCUCAGUUUUCUGCACAACAUUGGCAAUGGACUGAAAUUCACGCGCUUCACCUUGCUGCUGGUCGUGUGGAGCAUCUAUGCGCAGGGUUCGCUUCUGUUGCCCACAUUCACAAUCCACAGCGUCACUUUUAUAAUGUUGGGCAGUUUAUGUACUUUGUUGUUGCUGAUCACAAAUCGCAAGAAUUCGCUGCUUUCGCUGGCACAGAAUGAAUCCGUUGGCGAGAGUUUCCAUCGCUUGUACGCCGACGAGGGCAUCUCGGAUGACGAGAGCAUCAGCAUGCUGAGCCAGCAGCUGAGCUGCAAUGGCAGCCAAACGGCCAACAGCAUUGCCAUGUCCAGCAUCUCCAGUUUAAAUGGUUCGCAAUUGCGGCAACGCAACAACGUCUCUCACAUUGCGCCCUCUGUGCUGUCGCUGGAUUCGUUGCAUCUCUCCACGCACACCCGUUCGCCUUUGGUCUCAUCGCCAGCUCCGAGUCAACGCACACUGUUGGCGCCUACAAGUUAUGCCUCCAGCUGUUUGGAUGCACAGCGUCCAUGGCGUGGUAACAACGCUGCUCCUUCCGCUUAUGGUUGGCAGCGUGGCAACGUCGCAAGUUCAAGGCCGGUGCCAUCGAUGCUGAGCAGGCAUCAUCGUCCACAGACACGUUCCACCAGCAAUCUGCUGUUGCCCUCGCGUCUCCAACAACAACAACCCCAGCAGCAACUUCAUCGCAAUGGCGAUGUCAGCGCUUGGGUUUAUGCCAACAACGAUUGUCGUCAGCUCAAUGUGAUGGAGGAGCCCAACACGGCGAAUCUGAUGGGCUGCUGCGAUGACAAACAAUUGUCGCGCACCUCAUCGCAAUCCUCGGGCUUUGAGUCACAGCUCGGACACAACAAUCAACACCAACCGCAUCAGCAGCAGCAGCCAACGAUGUUUGGCUAUCAGUCGACGCAGCCCAGCGAAUACGGUUGGCAAACAACUUCUGCAUCACAACGGCAACUACCAGGAAUGGGUUUGCGUGUGGCGCCUCCGAUGCCUUCACCAUAUGCCACACAAAGUGAGUUCAACUUUGAGCGCACACUGCCAGUCCAGGCCAAUCCGGAAUUGCGUCCUGGCGAUCUAUUGCGCAAGUGGAUCGAUCACAAUAGCGCCGCCUCUGCCGCUGCCUCACAAAAAGGCUAAAGGAGGGAAUAAUACACAAGUUUACAUAAUUUGAGAGGAGAACUGUAGGUAAAAUGUGACGCAAAAUCUGGUCGCUUAUCCGAUUUAUGGACAUUCUAGAGAGAAGAUUAUAUAUACUAUAUACGGGUAGCUUUUGACGCGCAUCGUAUUUUGGGGUAUUUGAUGGAGUUCAACAACACAAAACUAUUAAUUUAAAUAUACAACGACAAGCAAACAAGUCAACAACAACAACAACAAAAUAUCAUCCAACACACACUGCCGUGGUUUCAUUUCAGUUGUUUCGAUGCGAAACAACUUCAUUCAUUCAUCAUCGACAUCAUCGUAAUUAAGGCAAAGUGUUCAUCAAAUAAAAAGAGAUAUACAAAAUAUUUAGACCACAUUAAGCAAUAUAAUAAUGAAUUCAUUUUUUUUGGGAAGAGAAUUUAGUAAUGCGGAUUAAACAUAUUUAUACCAUUUAUUUUUGUUGACGCGAUAUUUAUAUGAAAUGGAUUGUUAGCUUAUAUAUAUAUAGAAAAAUGAAAUAUACACUAA